AUGGAUUUUUCAAUAGGUUCAUCGUUGUUAUCAACUCGAAAACAACAAACUGAAAAUAUUUAUGCAAAUUGCAUUUUCAAGGAUCAAAAUUUACAGCUGCAUAAAUUAUCGGAUGAUUGUAUCAGGUUAACCUUUAUUUCAUAUUUGAACAAAACUACUAAUGUGGAAGAACGCUAUGAAGCAGAAAUUCGAAAAUUGAACAAAGAAAUGGAAUGUUAUCGUGGAACAAUAUUGAAAUUAACAGCAAAACAUGAUGGAUAUAAUCAUUUAAUACAAAUUUUUGAUAAUAAGCUAAAAAUUAUGGCAAAAUGUGUAGAAAAUUUGCAAAAUAAAUCGACUUUUAAAGAUGGUGCUGGUGAAUUAUUACGACAUCCAUCGUUGGAAAGUGUGACAAGUCAUCGUUCUUCGAUGAGUUCUUCAAGCAAAGGUAGUAAAACUGAUAAAAGCAGCCUAAACGGUUUUGGCAAACAAGCGAAGAAAAGUUGGGUUCGUGAAAAAUUUUUUUUUAAAUUGCUACGAAUGAGUAGUUGUUCAUGCUUUUUUUUUAGAUUAGACGACAUUGAUAGUGUUCCUCAGCUCAUUGAACUUAAGAAACAAUUACAAGACAAAGACUCGACUUUAACUGAUGUCAGAUUAGAUGCUCUUGAUAAGGCUCGAGAAGUCGAUGUUCUUAAAGAAACAAUAAACCGAUUAAAGACGGAAAAUAAAAUACUAAAGCAGAAUUACACUAUAUUGGAAAGAAGAAUUCGUGCUGAAAGUCGUACAAGUUCACAACAGUCAUUAUCAAUUCUAUCCGACGAAGGACCUGUUUAUGAAACUCCUCCUAGUGAAAGAUCAGUUUCUUCAUCUGACUGUCCAUCUGGUUCAAUUAAUUUGAAAGUAACUGUAAGUGUUGACUUUAGUGGAUUUCUUCGACCUCAAAUUUCUUCAAAUGAAAUAUCAAUUGGUUCUAUCGCAAUGCCGAAUUCUGAAAUGUCUUGGCAAGAACUUGAUUCCCGUUUAAUCCGUCUGUUCAAUGAUUAUAUAUCCCGAAUCGAUCCUAACGCUGCUAUUGAUGGUCUUAUUCUCGACUGUUUAUUUCCACGUUCUGUUAUUGAUCAACUACUUAACGCUUUGUUAACAUGUCGACGCCUUGUCCUGUUUGGUGCAACCGGUAUUGGUAAAUCGAAUUUGGCAAGACAAUUGGCCAAAUAUGUUAGUUUAAUAAUUGGUGGAAUAUCGAACAAUUCCAUUGUUGAUAUAAGAAUUAGUGACGAUGAUCAUGACAAAAAUAUUGCUCAGGUUCAAAGAGAUUUAGAAUCAUAUUUACGAUCAUCAAAACCUAUAGUCAUACUUCUUGACAAUGUACAACGUCAUAGAAUCGCUCUCCUCAGCUCUUCGUUUAGUUCUAUUGACGUACCAGCAAAAGAUGGACCAUAUGUGAUUUGUACGGUUAAUAGAGCGUCUCAGCUUCCUGAAAUGCAAAUGCAUCAUAAUUUCCGAAUGUUCUUAUUACCAAAUAAUGUGGAUGCGAUUCGUGGAUAUAUUGGUCGAUAUUUGAGAAGAAGAAUAUUGGAAAAUGAAUUCAGGAAUAAUGAACAUGCUCCACCUGAAUUAUAUCGAAUUAUAGAUUUCUUACCGAAAGUUUUAACUGCUAUCAAUUCGUUUAUCGAGAAAGCGAAUUCUCGCGAUGUAACAAUCGGUUCACGAAUCUUCUUGCAGUGUCCUCUUAAUAUUGAACAAUCAUUGCAGUGGUUUGUCAAACUAUGGAAUCAAAUGAUUAUCCCAUAUAUGAUUAAAGUGGCUAAAGAAGGUGUAAAAGUAUUAGGACGAUGUGGUAGUUUUGAAGAUCCGACAGAUACGAUAUGUGAAUAUUGGCCAUGGAUUGAUGGCCCAAGUGCUGAAGAAAGUCUUCAACGUUUAUCUAUUAAAGAAACUUUAUAUAAUUCUUCUAAUGGAACACAGUUCAACCCAUUAGAAGCAUUAAUGAGAAUUCAGUCUAAUAAUUCGAAUUCACAGCAAGAAGUUAAUUAA